GGUCAUGUAACAUAAUAAUCGAAUCUUUCCCCGUGGCUCAGUAUCAAGGUGAUAAAUCUGCCAUUGAGCAGCAGCUACCUCUGUUCUUGCCAAUUCGAGGUGAUGACAGCUGCAUAAUGGCACCCAAGCUUGACAGGCAGGUUCGACCAUGAAACGAAUGUCGUCGUGCUUUUCCAACCUUCAUGAUUUUCUACAUCCCACCUUUCUCAAGUUUCUAACCAAAACCUCCAUCUGACCUCAACCCAUCACAACCCUGCCAAUUAUCCAUCAGCAUCUAUAUCAUCCAUCAACCAGAACCAUCCUAAUCUUUGUUCAUCAUACACAAGUUCAUAAUGUCCUCCAACAAUGAAGCUUCUCCUCACAAGAAGGUCGUUUUAGUCAUCACCAGCUACGCCUUGAAAGAAGCACCAUUGGACUUCAAGCCAGACGUCCACCUCAAUGCUCGCCGCCUUAUCAACCCACCCAUCGAGCUCCGCAAAGCCUUCGAUGGUCGCAGCGAAACCCUCCGCAAAAACAUCCGCGCAGACCCAGCCUUCCAGAAACUCAUCGAUGAAGCCAAGCCUCAAGUUUUCGAGGCAGAAAAGACAAUCAGAGCGUUGAUCCUGGAUGAAGAGCAUCACAGCACUCAGAUAAUCGAGAUCAAGGUCGCUGUAGCCUGUGUGAGGGGCCGUCAUAGAAGCGUUGCUGUCGCUGAGGAACUGGCCCAACUGAAUGUCUGGCCGGAGCACUACGACGUCAGAGUGCACCAUCGUGACGUGGACACGCCGCAUCACUAUCAAGCAAAGCAUCAGCAGAACCUCGAACGCGAGAGGAAUGGAGAGAGUGUUGAAGUCGGUGAGACUGAUAGCGACGAGGACCAAGAGAGCGACAGCACUGGUGAGAGCGAGAGAAGGCGCAGCGAGUCAGAGCCGACAAACUCGAGAUGGAGUGACAUUCACAAAAGCCAGUCAAUAAAGGUGGACAGCAAGAGCUCCGAGGCACCUCAUCCACCUACACAUGCUGAUAGCAAGGACUUCCAAAAGUCCCAAGAACCUCCCCAUGUCGAGAGCAAGCACUCGGAAAACCCUCAUGCAUCCACUCACAUCGACAACAAGGACCCCGAGAUACGAAAAGAGCCUGCUCACAUUGAUACCAAGGACUCUCGUAUCGUUGACAAGGACUCCGACAAGUCGCAAGCACCUACGCACUCUGCCGACAAGGAUACCCAGAAAGCUGCAGAGCCCACACACGUGGAAAGCAAGGAGCCAGACAAGCCACAGGAGCCUGCUCAUGUCGACAGCAAAGCCUCCGAGAAGCCACACGAGCCCGCACCUGUCGACAACAAAGAUUCUGUGAAGCCGCAAGAGCCAGCACAUGUGGACGCUAAGGAGCCCGACAAGCCUCAGGAGUCCACCCACGCAGACAGCAAGGAACCCGACAAGCCAAAAGACACUGCCGGCUCUACCGCACCUCAGACCUCCACAUCCUAGGUUUGGCGGUCAAAAUUGCAUGAAGUAACAUCACAGUACAAGAGUUCUAUAGACCGUAACCUAUGAUCAACAUAUUCCUCACCC